AUGGCGCGACCAAGGCUCCUGCGAGCUUCGAGACAGGCCGCAGUUUUCGCCCUGGGAGCGACCGCCGCGACCCAGGUCCAUUCCUUUCCCUCACCAUUCCGAACAGUUUAUGCAGAAGCUCCCUCAAAGGACCAGCUUCCUGACAAGAAACCCAUAUACUCCGACUUCCCAAUCGCACCAACAACUCCGGAGCCUUCUCCUACUUCCCCGGUCUCCAAACCAAAUCCGCACUCACCCACACCUACCGAUCGACUCGCAGAGCAAGUGAAGAAGGGCCGUUUGUUUCUGUACCAUCAGUCUCUCGCUGCCGAAACAUCUUUCAACAAAUUUCUAUCCUGGGCAUUCCGAAAGGAAACCGACUUCAGCAACACCAUUGCUUCCUUAGCCCCGGCUCCCGAGACCGGAGAACAGCUCCUUCCUGGCGCUAUCUAUGUGUUGGUAGCGACACUCACCGGCUCCAUAGUGACCCGGAAUCGAGGGAUCUUCCUGCGGACGACUUUCCCUCUCGCUGUGGGUAUCGCGGCGGGCUGGUACCUUAUUCCGGUGACGAUGCGGAACACCUCGGACUUGAUCUGGGAGUACGAGAAAAAGGUGCCCGUGAUCAGUGAAACCCAUGCUCAGAUCAGUGGCUUCGCAAAGGAAGCGUGGAAGCAGACGAGGGCGCACACAAAAUUUGCGACCGACUGGGCUGACGAGAAGGCGACUGAGGCAAGGAAAACGGUCGAAGAGUUGGUUUCGAAAGGAAAAUAA